CGUCGGGGAGCGCGGAGCGGCCCCGGGAGCAUGGGGCGGGCGGCGGCAGGCAUCGUGCCCCUGUUCUGGGGCGGCCUCCUGCUCGCUGCCAGCCUCGCCCUAGAGCCGGCACCGGAGAGUUGCAACUGCACCCAUCCUGUGGACUUCGAGGCGUUCCGCACAGCUCCGCCCGCCGAGAGCUGCUGCCUCAACUUCACUGGAUCCAAUGUCACCCACCUGGAUUGGAGAGUGCUGGCGGCGGUGCAAGGGCUGCGCCAGCUCUACCUCUCACACUGCAGCAUCUCAGCCAUCAGCAACGCCCAGGAAGUCCCCCCAGCCUUGGAGGUCUUGCACUUAAGUCACAACCAGUUGGAGAGCAUUCCCAGAGGCUUUCUGGAAGAUGCCCCUAAUUUGAAAGUCCUCUAUCUGGAUGGGAACCAGCUCCAGGAGCUGCCCACAUCCUUCCUGAAAGCCUCAACUCAGCUCCAGGAACUCCACCUGGGGUUCAAUGCACUGACCUCCCUCCCCCCUAAUCUCCUGCAUCCAUCCCUGCUGCAGCUGCAGCUCUCCAACAACAGCUGGGAGUGCAGCUGUGCUUUGCUGGAUGCCCUGCAGGGCACCCCCAGCCUGCCUGCCCAGCUCACCUGCCAUACACCGGAGCGGCACCGCGGUGCAGAGCUGCAGAGCAUCCCACGGGACGAGCUGUGCCAGCAGCACCACAGCCUCACCGCCCUCUUCAUCUGCCUGCCUCCCCUCCUCAUCCUCGCAGCCAUCACCUGCUGCUUCUGCAGGAGGAAGAGGAAAACCAACUACAGCCUUGGGAGCAGCCACACGGCCCCAACAGAGAGGGGCAACGUGCCCGUGUGCCCCGAGCCGCACCGCUACGUCCCCUAUGAGCCAACCAGUGCCCCCUCCAAGAGCGAGGGGAAGGUGCAGCGGGGCAGCCGGGUGCUGCUGCAGCCCCCCGAGGAGGGCAGCAGGGACCUCUAUGAGGAAGUGGAGAUCCAGGUGGGAUCCCAUGUUCCAACCUAUGAUGAGCAGCGGGACAGCCCUGAGACAGAGGGGGACACAGUGAGUGUCACCGAUGUGCUGAAGGACUCCACUGACCGGGAGAAGAUCUACAUGAACCAAUCGACCGACUAUUACAACCUGGUGCCUGGCAUUGAGCUGGAGGACUCGGACAACCUGGAGUAUGAGAACAUCGAGCUGCACUGAUGGGUAGCUGGGCUGGGCUUUGGGAUUUGGCUGGAACAUACUGGUGGCUGUGGAUGGGGGAUGCACAGACCAAUUCUUGCACUGGCUGUUUGCAGAGCUGCAUCUCCAAAUUGCCACCCCUCCUGCUGCAUUCUCCUAUAUGUUCCCCAUGCUUGCACUGGGCAGGGCACAGGGAGUUUUCUAUGGGCUGAUGGUGUACAGGGACAGAAGGCACCCAGGGAGAAGAGGUGGGGCUGUCCUGUCUGUACAACAGCACUGUAUGCACCAGACCCUCUGAGCAGGACCUCUGUCCUCUCUGCAUUCAGCUGCAUCCAGCACAGCUCUGCUGCUUCCCAGCCCACAGAUAAUGGGACCCAGAGACAAGAAAUGAGAUCUGCUUACAGGGUCCCACAUGGGCAGCCUGGAACAGCCCUGUCUGCUCCCCCAGCACACCCUGCCAUGCCCACUCAUUGUACAUGUGCACACAUGCAUGUGUGAGCACUGGGCACAGGUGGGCUCAACUGGGGCCACGUUAGCAAAGUGCUCGUGGGGUGCAGCCUUCCCUGCCCUGGAGCAGCCAACGCAAAAUAAAUCAUUGUACUCCUGGCAGCUUGGCUGCACCCUGUCUCUUGAUUCGGGGCAGCGGGUGCCGACCUGUGUGACCGAGGCUGUGAUUUAUGGCCCACUGGUAGAAGCUGUGGGCACAGUGUUCGGGUCAGGAAGGGUUGUUGGAGGGCUGUAAAUUAUCUCCAUUAACUCCACCCAUGGGUGUCCCAGCUCUACUGCAGCCCCGUGUCCUAUACCUGUGCCUCAACAUCAUGAGAAAGAAAAGGGGCAGCAGGGGGAUGUAUGAGGGGCAUUUCUUGCACUGGAAGCCCCCAGCUCCAUGGUUGGAGCCGAUGCAGGCUGGGCUGGGCGCUGUGCCGGGCAGGAAGGGAGCCGGGCAGGGCGGGACGCGGCGUUAUGGCUGUAAAGGAAGCGGCGUUUCCUGCCCAGCGCAGCCCACAAUGGGACGGAGCUGCCGACCCUGAAGGUGCUGGGCUGGGAGCACCGGUACCAGUGCAGACAGAUAGGGGAUGAGGA